AUGCCGCACCACAUAACAAAUUGCGUCUUUGCGCGCACGAGCCUGACAACCUGCGACGUUUUUGUCCGAGCCUUGGCUCACAUGAGCCCAAGGGCAGAACUAUCACCCGAGGAAUUUAUUGAAGCAGCAAGUCCAUGGUUUCUGGAUACCGAAACAGUGUGGAGUAGGGUGUUCCUCACGGGCACAGGAUGAGAAGUGGGAUAGGUCCCUAAUAGCGAGAAAAAGAAAUUUAUUAUAGAUAGUUACCCUGGAUCGAAUCUGGCAAUUCCCCACAAAGGUG